AUGGCGGCCUACAGAGACAAAGUUGACAAGAUUGCCAAGUGCUUCCUCAGAUACGAAGUCAAGUACGUCAGGAGAGACGACAACAUAGCGGCAGAUACGCUAUCCAAGCUCGAAUCCGGCCAGAAGCCAAUUCCACCCGGAAUUUUCCUUGAUCAUAUGAGGAUACCCUCGGUUAAGGGCUCUAACCCGGAAAACCCAGAUAUGGCAGUGUCUCUGGCAAAGGAGGUGAUGGUCAUCACUCCGACAUGGACCAAGACGUACCUGAACUACCUCAUCGAUCAGAAUUUGCCGGAGAACGAGGCUCUCGCAUGGAAGAUCGUCAGACGAGCAAAGUCCAACACUAUCACUGACGGACAACUCUACAAGAGAAGCACAUCAGGAAUUUUCCAGAAAUGUGUCUCCAAUGAUUCACCUUGGUGA